AUGGAAAGUAUAAGUUCAAUCUCUGGUGAUGGAGAAGCUCAGCUUCACAGCACCGCCAAACCUGAACACAACGGAUGGAUCACCUUCCCCUUCAUGACGGCCACUUUAGCUGGGUUCACGCUAGGUGCAGGAGGGUGGCUGAGCAACCUAAUUGUUUACAUGAUCGAAGAAUUCCAUAAAAACAGCAUUGAGUCUGCUCAAAUACACAACUUGGGUAUUGGCUGCACAAGUUUGUUUCCUAUUGUUGGAGCAAUUGUUGCUGACUCGUUUCUUACGCUAUCAUCUGGAUUUCCUCUCAUUUCUGUGCUGGGUCUACUUUUUCUUCUUAUGGAAACAGUGAAUGGCUUCAGGCCUCAAAAUUGUCAAAAUGCCAGCACAGCCAUUGUUUAUGUUGAAGAUAGAGUGAGUUGGGCAUGGGGAUUUGGUAAAUGCAUAAUGGCAAAUGUACUGGGAAUAAUCAUUUUCUUGCUAGGAAGACGAUAUUAUUAUUAUGAUAAGCCAAAAGGAAGCCAAUUCACCAGCUUGGCUCAGCUUUUUAGAAAUUUUCAAAUAUCCAGCAGGUUCUGUUGUAGUCUUCACACUAGUCACCACUGCAAUAUGCCUCUCUCUUUGAUCGUUUCUUCUGGCCAAUAUGGAAGAAAAUUGUCGGCCAAGAUGCUACUCCACUGCAAUGAAUCGGCAUUGGCCACGUGUUUAACAUUGCCAGCAUGGCAAUUUCAGCCUUGGUCGAGGAGAAAAGGCGUGACGCAGCCCAUUCCCACCACCUUCAAGGUAUUGAAGCGUGAUUGCAGUAAAGCUGUCCGAGUUUUCUAUUCUUUCAGUGAAUUCUUUGCAGCUACUGUAAAUGCUAACUGA